AUGGAGACUGUGGACACGUCAGAACGCCUGGCCAGGUUAAGGCAGUUGAUGCAGGAGCGUAAGGUGGACGUUUACAUCGUUCCUUCGGAAGACAGUCAUCAGUCCGAAUACAUUGCUCCAUGUGACGGCCGCCGAGAAUUCAUCUCGGGUUUCUCCGGAUCGGCAGGAACUGCUAUUGUUUCCAUGACCAAGGCGGCACUAUCGACAGAUGGCCGCUACUUCAACCAGGCUUCGAAGCAGCUGGACAGCAAUUGGGCGCUUCUGAAGCGAGGCGUUGAGGGAUUCCCGACAUGGCAGGAAUGGACUACAGAACAAGCCGAGGGAGGAAAGGUCGUUGGAGUCGAUCCAGCUCUGGUUACACCUGCGGGCGCCCGUAGUCUCUCGGAAACCCUCAAGAAGAAUGGCUCAUCACUCGUGGGCGUCGAACAGAACCUGGUUGACUUGGUUUGGGGUAAAGACCGACCGGCCCCUCCAAGGGAAGCGGUGAGAGUGCACCCUGCGCAGUAUGCGGGCAAGAGCUUCCAGGAGAAAAUUGGCGACCUGCGCAAGGAGUUGGAAAACAAGAAAGCGGCUGGGAUUGUUAUCUCGAUGCUUGAUGAGAUCGCGUGGCUGUUCAACCUGAGAGGCACCGAUAUUCCAUACAACCCAGUGUUCUUUUCAUACGCCCUUAUAACCCCUACUACCGUCGAUCUCUACGUUGACGAGGACAAGUUAACACCGGAAGUGAAAGCUCAUCUAGGCCAGGAUGUCGUCAUCAAGCCGUAUGACUCUAUCUUCGCAGAUGCCAAAGCGCUUAGCGAGGCGCGAAAGCAAGAUGCGACGGGAGCGGCCCCCAAGUUCCUGCUGUCAAACAAGGCUUCUUGGGCUCUCAGCCUUAGCCUGGGAGGUGAAGAGCAGGUUGAGGAGGUCCGUAGCCCUAUUGCCGAUGCCAAAGCCGUUAAGAAUGAUGUGGAACUCGCGGGAAUGCGCGCUUGCCACGUUCGUGAUGGUGCGGCCUUGAUCGAAUAUUUCGCUUGGCUCGAGAACGAGUUGAUCAACAAGAAAACUACCUUGGAUGAAGUUGAUGCGGCAGACAAACUGGAACAGAUCAGGUCCAAGCAUGAUCUGUAUGCUGGCUUGUCCUUCGAUACUAUCUCCUCCACAGGCCCGAAUGGAGCAGUGAUCCAUUAUAAGCCAGAGAAAGGAAGUUGUUCCAUUAUCGACCCAACAGCCAUUUACCUUUGCGAUUCCGGUGCCCAGUAUCUGGAUGGCACCACUGAUGUCACCCGGACGUUCCAUUUCGGAAAACCCACCGAACUGGAAAAGAAAGCUUUCACGCUGGUGCUCAAAGGUCUCAUUUCUAUCGACACUGCUGUCUUCCCCAAGGGUACUAGUGGAUUUGCGCUUGAUGCUCUCGCUAGACAAUUCCUGUGGAAGGAAGGCCUCGACUACCUCCACGGAACAGGCCACGGUAUCGGCUCUUAUCUGAAUGUGCACGAGGGACCCAUGGGUAUCGGCACUCGUGUCCAGUAUACUGAGGUUCCCAUUGCCGCGGGCAACGUUAUUUCUGACGAACCCGGAUUCUAUGAGGACGGAAAAUUCGGCAUCCGUAUUGAGAAUGUUAUCAUGGCGCGUGAAGUGCAAACGACUCAUAAGUUCGGUGAAAAACCAUGGCUGGGAUUCGAGCACGUCACCAUGGCUCCACUGGGCCGCAAUUUGAUUAACGCAUCCCUUCUCAGUGAGCAUGAGAUCAAAUGGGUCAAUGACUAUCAUGCAGAGGUACAAUUCUCUGGUAUGAGUGGCAGUAAUCCUUACGCAAACGGAUACGGAUAUUCCGAUACCAGCCGCUAUGACCGCGGUGAUGGUGGAUACGGCGGAAGCAGUAGCAGCCUUGGGAUGAACGGUUACGGAGGAGGCAGUGCGGAGAGAGAGCGUCGCCCAGGUGGGUACGGUGGCUUCUAUCCAGAGCCUUCAUCAUCUUCCUUGUCACCGGGACAGUCACCCGAACGACGACGGGAAAGACGGGAAAGAGAUGGUGAUCACUCAUCGUCGCGAUCGCGCACAAGGGACGGAGAGGCUGAUAGGAGGGCACUCGGUUCUCGAGAUGGUCGCCCUCGCGGAGAUAAUAGCUGGUUAGGAAAUAAUAGCAGCGGCGAGAAUGUACCCGGUCAUGCGGCAGGUCCCCAGGCCAUCGAAGACGUACUGCAAAUGGUUCAAAGAGAAUGGGACUUUGUGGCCUCCGAAAACUGUGUGCCUGUGCAAGUCGCUUUGCAGCUGAUGGAUACCAGUACCUUGGGAAAAGCCGAUCGCGAGCCGGAUUUUAUAAGAAUCAAUGAUAAAAUCCAGAGGACAUUGAAGUCCGUUGUCAAUGAACAUCACCAGGGCUUCAAUAGUUCCAUUGGUACUUAUCAUAAGAUCCAGUCAAGCAUACAGAGCUCACAAAGCCGAGUCCGCACAUUGAAGAUCUCGCUGGAAGAGGCAAAAUCCGGAUUGUUGUCGACUAAGCCCGAAUUAAAGGGGUUAGCUACGUCGUCACAGAAAUAUGACGACAUUAUUCAAUUAUUCAGCCAGAUACAAGAGAUUCAAUCUCUGCCCGAAAGGCUAGAGUCGCGAAUAUCGGACAAACGAUUCCUUGCGGCUGUGGAGGUAUUGCAUAACGCUUUGCGGCUGUUGCGGCGCUCUGAACUCGAGAAUAUUGGAGCUCUCGCAGAUAUUCGCGCCUACUUUGGAAACCAAGAAGCAUCUCUUACAGACAUUCUGAUAGAGGAGCUGCACGAUCACCUCUACCUCAAAUCUCCCUACUGUUCAGGCCGCUGGAAACCACCAGCUGCUGAUGGUGAAGGAAAUGGAGCCCACCCAUCCAGCUGGACCGGAACAAGCUCAUGGGAGAGACCUGUUUAUGCAUUUCUUGGGAAGUUGGACGCAUCCACGCCUAUGGUCGAAGACGCUUCGCGAAACCCGGAGGCCGAUACAUUCUACUACAUACAAUUGCUGAUCGAAGCGCUGAACAAGAUGGGCCAUUUGGACAUCGCAGUUGAUAGGAUAGAGCAACGCCUGCCUGUUGAACUGUUUGCCGUUGUUGAUAAAACCAACGCCGAGAUUGAUGCAAGGUAUCCAAACAACACCCGCGGCUUUGCCUCACAAGACAGCAAGUCAAGUUUGCCGACAGAUAUAAUCGAAAAACGUGGUCACGUGCUAUCGGAGUUUCUUUGGACCUUGUAUGCUAAAUUUGAGGCUAUUGCUGAAGGUCAUCGUGUUGUUCAUGAUGUUAUUGCGGCUAUAGUGGAACGCGAGGGUAUACCAAAGGGAAGUGCGCUCGCGGGUGGGUUCAAGGAACUUUGGAAGCUUUAUCAAAGUGAGAUCCGGUCCCUCAUGCAUGACUACCUGGCAACGGAUGGAGAAUCAUCAUUCCGGCCCCGGCACGAAGAGGCUGAAGCGAAACGACAACUCUAUACAGGGCAGAGAGAUAAGAACAAGAAAAUGUUCAAAUUGUCCGAAACGGACCAUACUUCCGAAAUACAAGCCGAGCAAAAUGAGUUGGACGAGAUUCUCAGGUCUUCGGUUCCUGGCUUGGUCACCAAAUCAAGCCAGAAAGCCGCCGUCAUCGAUGCAUCCGACACCAGACAAGGAAACUCGGGAACUGGGCAUAAGAUCCUCAUAGAGCCAAGCGUCUUCAACAUGAGCCUCCUUCUUCCUCCUUCGCUAUCAUUUAUUCAGCGACUGAAGGAGAUUGUACCCGUGGAUUCCGACAUUGCCAUGAGUACAUUGACUUCUUUCCUAGAUGACUUCUUGGUCAACGUGUUCCUCCCUCAGCUAGACGAAACUGUGACGGACCUCUGCACUCUUAGCUUUAUCUCGCCGGAUGCUUUCACGGAGGACCCUCACUGGUCUGGGGUCUCUCCCCGGCCGGUUUUCAGGGGUACGGUCAAAUUUAUGAUGAUUAUUCGAGAAUUCAGUAAAAUGCUAUCCAGCAUCCCACAUGAUCAAGCUUUCACACAGCUACUCCUUUCGCAAAUUGUGACUUACUACGACAAGUGUUGUGGAUGGUACAAAGCGAUCGUGACCAAAACAUCUCCCCGAGACAAUGGAGAAGUCCGACUCAAGGCUGCCGCGCGUCAUGCGGAAUCAGGCGACGUUCAUGACAUUAUCACGGAAUUAUGGAACGGAUUGACCGAGAACAAGCGGGAGCUCGUAGACAAGGAAACCGACAUCCUUAUCAAUUCGACGAAUGAGGUUCCAUUGGAGCCAUACGACAUCAUAUCUGACCCCAAGACAGUCGUAUCCUUGUCGCUUCUUUUCAACAGCAUGCAAUGGUUCGCAAGCCAUCUUGCUCAGUUACGUCAAAUCACACAACCAGCCUCCGACUCGCGACAGGCUGAGUCCCGACCAGCCAAUCGCCGCUGGACUCUGAUUGGUGCCAUGAAACCGAAGUGCGAGGACAUCAAUCAACCAGUUUAUCUUCCUUUGAACCAAGAGACAGCGACUGUGUUUGAUACUACUCUUCAGUCUCUCCGCGAUCUUGCAUGCACUGCUCUCUUCGCCCUGCAUGUCGACAUCCGUUGCGGCAUCAUCCAUAUGCUGAAGCGGACAAUGGAAGGGCCCAAGCCCCGGAACAUACGAAGCUCGGAACCCGCUACGCCUUCCCCAAGCUCGCUCGCCAAUUGGUGGCACAUUCUCUCAAACCAACCAACUGCUGCGUCUCCUACAGUGCUUGAGCUGAACAAUGACUUGAUCGCGUUUGACACCAACAUCUCGUCUUACCUAGGACCACCUGAGCGAUGGUUCAUCACGUCUGGGCUUGCUCGAUUCAUCGACCGUACUUUCGUCGCGAAUACCUGUCAUAUUGGGGCUAUGAACGAAAAUGGCGCGCUCCGACUGCAGCUAGACGUGCUAGUGCUGCAACAGAAUCUGAAGAACAUCAUCAUAGACCCAACAGAUGAUGGACGGAAAGAUGACAGUCCUAACUCACAGCAGAACAGUGAGCACACCGAGGUAGUUGCUUUGCCUCGUAGCGCUAAAUUCCUCGAUUGGUUCCUGGAAGGUGCGGAGAAAGCCUUAGACUACGCAAAGGAUGAGAAGGAAUCGUUCGCAACCCACGGAGACCAAGCGCUGGCCGCUGGUAAUGGCGAACCGUUCACGUACGACGAACUCAAGGUCCUCAUUGACCUUUGCUUCUCAGACAUUCUACUAGGCCCCCGAGGUGCAGAGAAUCGGGAGGAGUUCAUGGCAGCAAAGAAAGCCAGCGCCGAUGCGCUCUUGAGGUUAAACGAGGUGAUGUGGGAUUCCAAGUGA